AUGGCUGAAGACAUGCUACAUUUUCUCUUACCUCUGCACUGCCUUUUCCAAGAGUGGCGAGAGCAGGGUGGUGCCACCAGGGCAGAGCGGCAGCCGGGGCUGGGGCCUGGCAGGCAGGAGCGCAGGCGCACAGCCCCGCAGCGAGGUGAGCAAGGCUGGGCGUGUGGCAAGGGACAGUGCAGGGGUCCACCGCCAGUGUUUGUCAGGUUCAACUCCAGCCAUGGCUUCCCAGUGGAGGUUGGUUCAGACGCCAGCAUCCUCCAGCUGAAGGAGGCGGUUGCCCAGCGACAGGGAGUUCCAGCUGACCAGCUGCGGGUGAUUUUUGCAGGGAGGGAGCUCAGCAAUGACUUGACACUGCAGAACUGCGACCUGGCCCAGCACAGUAUCGUUCAUAUUGUUCAGAGUCCACAGAAGAACAGUCAGAACAAGGAUGAGACAGAAGAUAACUGUGCUGGAGGUAUUCUAAAAGCCUUGGAAAGAGAACCUGAAAGUCUAACUUGCAUAGAUCUCAGUACCAGCAUCCUCCCAUCACUCUCUGCAGGGCUGGCUGUUAUUCUGGAUACUACAAAAAACAGCAUUUCUCUUCCCUCUGAAAAAUCAGGUGCAGCUAGUUACAACAGUUUUUAUGUUUUUUGCAAAAAUUUCUGCCAAGCUGUGAAACCUGGGAAAGUGAGGGUCCGCUGCAGUGUGUGUAAACAAGGAACACUGACGUUGGCAAGGGGUCCAUCUUGCUGGGAUGAUGUGCUGAUUCCCAACAGAAUAAGAGGUAUUUGCCAGUCCCAAAGGUGCAACGGAAACAUAGCGGAGUUUUACUUUAAAUGUGGAGCACACCCAACCACUGACAGUGAAACAUCUGUGGCUUUGAACCUCGUUACAACAAACAGCCGCUGUAUCACAUGUAUAACAUGCACAGAUAUUAGGAGUCCUGUGCUUGUGUUCCAGUGCGUGCAUCGCCAUGUCAUUUGCCUAGACUGUUUCCAUUUGUACUGUGUGACUAUGCUGAAUGACCGUCAGUUCAUCCAUGACCCAGAGCUUGGCUACUCCCUCCCUUGCGUAGCUGGCUGUCCAGACUCCUUGAUUAAAGAGCUUCAUCACUUCAGGAUUCUGGGAGAAGAACAGUACAACCGCUACCAGCGCUAUGGGGCUGAGGAAUGCGUGCUGCAGAUGGGAGGAGUGCUGUGUCCAACUCCGGGCUGUGGAGCGGGUUUGCUUCCUGAACCAGGAGUGAGGAAAAUUGUAUGUGAACCAGGCAACGGAAUAGGCUGUGGGUUUGUGUUCUGCCGUGAAUGUAAAGAAGAAUACCAUGAGGGGGAAUGCAGCUCUCUCCUCAGCAUGCAGGGAGCCACGGCCCAGAAGGGAUACAUAGUUGAGGAACAUGCAGCCAUGCAAGCUCGAUGGGAAGAGGCAUCUAGAGAAACAAUUAAGAAGACAACCAAGCCAUGCCCCAGCUGCAAUAUUCCAGUAGAAAAAAAUGGUGGCUGCAUGCACAUGAAAUGUCCUCGCCCUCAGUGCAGAUUUGAGUGGUGCUGGAACUGUGGCCUGGAGUGGAACAGAACCUGCAUGGGAGAUCACUGGUUUGACUAGUGGUGCUGAGACCAGCCCAUGUUGCUGCUAAAGCUUGUUUUCAUCGGGGCCAAAUUCUGAACUCCUUGCUUAAACAAAACUCCCAGUGGUUUCAGGGACACAGAGUUCAGAAAUUGGGCCAGUUUGUUGGUUUUUGCUUUCUUGCAUAUGCAAUCAUACCAAAAUCGCAUUGAAGUUAUGCCAAGGGUUUUAAAUCCGCUAAGUAAAAAGAGUAAUUGUUUUAAUGGACAGACUUGCCCAUCGUGGUACAAAGAGGGGUAAAUUACACCUUUCUGAACUUGUGCAGUCUGUCAGCACAGACAGCAGACAGGGUUACCAUGAGGAACUUUGCUUGACAUUUAUAGUCGUGAAUCUGUAACUCUUGCGAGAGAGCGCAGCCUGCAUAUGUGUGUGUGAGUGUGUGAGCAUCAAGGGGGGUGGACAAUGUUCUCUGCAUCAGCUGUUUUUUCUUUGAGCAUGCCUUCGCUCAUUCAGCACAAUUUUUGAUUUUGAGGCAGUAUUUCUUAACAGCUUUUUUGGCAGAGGGAAGACUGUGGCUCUUCAGUGUUUUCUCAGGGUUCCUUCCUAACAGGCUUUCUGUAGGGGUCUUGCUUUCAAACCAAAUUCUCAUAGAAACAUCCAGCUUUAUGCCAUAUUUGUGCAUGUGUAUUUGUAACAUACGACAAGAAACCUGCCUACGUACUCAUUAUAGAUUUUGUUACCAUUGGAAGAUUAGCUAAGGAUGCAGUUUCGGCUCUAACCGUGACUGUUGUUGCAGGGGUGACUGGAUCUGAUUAAGUGUUGUGCAAGCCAGACUCACAGGGCUUCAUUUUUCUUGUGCUUACAGCAAUACUUUGGGUGUGGCAAAGGGAGGCAGGAGGAGACUUCUCAGGGGUUUUCUCUAUCAUCGUUCUCCUAAACUGAAUUAGAAUAUGGGUAUAUUUCUGAAAAUACAUUCACAGCUCAAACAGUGUGGGGCAGAGGGACAUCUUUCAUUUUACAAUGUUAACGUAGUAAGUAAAGCUUACUAGCAUUUUCAAGCCUGAACAAUCUUACUGUUUGGUGUGCUUUACAUUGCUGUCUUAUUCUGAAAUGAAAUGGGUACUGUCCACAUCCAACAUGCCAUGUACGGAUUUGCACAAUUCAGUUUUGGAAAAAAAUGCACAAUAAAUAAAG